UUGAAAGGAAGAAUCCGUCGCCCUGGUAACUGCGUCGAGAAAAAGUUUCAUCCGCGUUUUGAUGAGGGACGAGAGGAAGAGCUGUCAGACGAUAAUCAGGCGGUCAUUUUGGUCAUGUUUUAAAGCUGUCUACCGGAGUGACGUCACGGUAUUAAAGCGUAAAUAUGACCAUUAACCGUUAGGAGGGAGGCUCUGGUUAGCGGUGUUAGCCAUAAUAGCAUCGUUUAUCGGCGCUAGUUCUGCUUCUGCUUUGGUUUCCCUUCGCUGUCGGUUCAAAAUGUGCUCACAUGAGAACAGCCGCGUCCUGGUUCUGGAGGAGGAGGUGAAGAACUUAUCGGAGGAGUUGAUACAGUGCCAGGCAGACAAGGAGUUUGUGUGGUCUCUGUGGAAGCAGCUCCAAGUGGCCAAUCCAGACUUGACCCAGGCCGUCAGUUUGGUGGUGGAGCGGGAGAAGCACAAAACUGAGAUGAAGGACAGAAAAGUGUUGGAAAUCCUCCAGACCAAAGAUCACAGAAUCCAGGAGCUAGAACAGGAAGUGACAGGGCAGCGGCGGGAGAUUAACAGGCUGCUGCAGAAGAAGACAGCGCUGGAGGACGACGGUGCUCUCAUGAAGGAGUUGACAACUCUGCACAAACAGCUAAAAAACAAGAACCAGCUACUGGAGGAAAUGAAGACGGAGCAGAGAAAAAAGGAAGAGGAGGAGCAGCGGGUGGUGCAAGCUCUGGAGGAGGAGAAAGAGGGAUUAAGGUCCCGCUGCGCUGCCCUGAGCGCUGACCUGCAGGAGAAACAGAGGCAGGCCGACAGUCAGCGAGACGAGAGGGACGCCGCCCAGGCCAGAUUAAAGGAUCUGGAGAAAGUGCUUGAAACGGCUCGGCAGGAGCUGCCUGAACUGCAGGCUCGCUGUGCCGCUUUGGCUGCACAGCUUUUUUCCACAGAGAGGGAGUUAGCCACCAAACAAGAGCAACUUGAUGGAGUACGGCGUGAUUUCGCUGAAGUUCAAGCUCUAUACAGACAAAGCAUGGAGCACGCAGCAGAUCAGAGCCGCCUGAUCAAGCAGCUGGAGGGACUCAACCUGGAUACCCAGAGAGUCCUGAGGAACCAGGAGGAGGCUCACUCUGCUGACACCACCUCCUAUCAAAAGCUCUACAAGGAGCUGAGUCAAUGCUACCAGGCUCUGGUGUCUAGCGAUGCUAAACUCCGUCAGAGUCACCAGGAGCUCCGCACCCAGGUGGUCCAGAAAGACGAGCAGAUCUCUGAACUCCAAGCUCAGCUGCAGAAACAACAAGAACAAGUGCAACUCCAGCAGCAUCCCGCUCGGCACGCGGCUCUGUCAACAAACAGACAAACCAACCUCAAGGCCGGAGCUACACAGCUAAAUGCUGCCACUCAGUCAGACUGGGCCUCCGGUCAGGGUUCAGAUCCAGGACCAGAGGACAUAAUACUCCAUCGGCGAUCCACCAGCAGUGUCAGAAGACUGCAGGGUACACCUGUGCAGCGGUCCAGGUCUCUGUCCCCAGCCAGCAGUGUGGGGUUGGGAAGUGGGAGGCGGAUCGAAGCAGAACAAAGAAUCCAGGACCUGGAGGAGCUGCUGCAACUCAAGACUGAAGAGAACGAGGAGCUGAGAAAAGCUCACGACCAGCGGCGGGAACGUCUGUGUCUGAUCCAAACCCACUACAGGAGCAUCCGGGAUCAGAUGAAAGAGAUGGAGAAGUCUCAUGGCUUGUCAGGAGGAAAGAUGCAGCGCCCAGACCCGCGGAAGCUUCGACAAGAGGACAGUGACGCUGUGUGGAACGAGCUGGCCUAUUUGAAAAACCUCAACAGAAAGCUGGCCACUGAAAAAGUCAGCCUUGAGGAGGAACUGGACAUGCUGCGGGUUCAGUCUGCUAUGGAUCGAACUACGGUGAAGGAGCUCCACAUGUGUCUCGCUAACGAUCAUCAAGAACUGCUUCACAAAAUGGCAGAGGAGCAGCAGGUCAAAAGCAGCACUCUGAACAAACCUUCGCUUUCUUCGAGCCGACUGAAACAGUCUUUUAAAAAGGUGAAACAGUUGGAGCAGAGGAUGAUCUCAUUGGAGGAGCAGACAAACAUGCUGAGAGGAGAGAAAGAGCAGUUACUUCAAGCCAAUGAAGAGCUGGCCCACAACUGCAGAAGACUCCAGGUUUCGAUCGAUCAUUUAAGAAAGCAGGAGGCCGACAGAGAAGAAGAGGCCCGAUCCCAGGCCCUGGCCCAGGAAGAGCAACGCUGUGGGGAGAUCAGGGCUCUAGAAACCCGGCUGGCCACAUGUCAGAGAGAGAUCACCAGGCUUAAUCAUCAGCUGCUGAAACUGAGGCAGGAGCUGGGUAUCGUGAGGGCAGCCAGGGACUUCUACAGGAGCCGAGCAGCAGGACCGGCUCGGGCAGCUGGGACUGCGAACAACAUUAGCGGCAAGGUCAAACUCAAGACAACCUGGCACAGAGGUCUCCUACGCCGGCGCAGCCACCCAACAGUCAGCUCCAAUCAAGCCAUCAGCUGGCAAGGCCGCAGCCCCAGCCCCACUAAGGACGAGUGGGAGGACAUGAGCGCAGAUAGUGACAGUGGGGAGGAGUACUCUGACAGUCUGAACGGGGGUUCCUCUGGGACAGAGCUUCACACACGGAAAGCUAAUAGAAAGUCCCGCAGACGCUCACUGAUCUUUGGCUCAGAAGCACCAGCGGCUGAAUCCAGCAGAAGGCGAGCUGAUAAACAGCAUGAGCCCUGGGAGCAAGGGACAGGAGGGGAGAAACGGAGGUGGAGAAAGAAGAGGAUGUUGAGGAAGACACAACGCUGCUCCUCCUCUUCUCUGCAGCAGCGCAUCGAGUCUCUCCAGCGCCACAUAGACAUCCUGAAAGGUGCCAGAAAAGAUGCUCUCCUUGUAGCCCGAGAGCUGAGAGGGACCAAUGAGGCGAUCAAAGCGCAGCUCAGCACUCUGACUGAUCAACUGAACAACAGCAAGCAGCUCACACAGAAGCUGACCUCUGACCUGGCUGGUGUGGAGCAGCAGAAAAAGGUUUUGGAGAUGGAGCUGGAGCAGUGGAAGCGGGUAACAUUCCCGUCCAAAAGUGCAGCUCCGGCAGCAGCACCAGUAAACACUGAAUGUUCCUGUCAGGGCAGAACCGUACCUGCCCUCCAGUCCCUGGAGGCGGAGGUCAAACAACUUCAAGUCAAACUUAAGAGCACGAGUGGCGAAGUCACAAAGCAGAUGGCCGCUAACAAAGCCCUGCGAGGACAGCUCCAGGAGAAGGAGGACAAGCUCUGCCAGCUGCAGGACAAGGUGAGCCACACAGAGAGAGACGUUGCUAUGAAAAGGCAGCUGGUGGAGGACCUGAGGACCAGAUUAAAGGUCCUGCAGGAGAUGGAGAAAAGUUACUGGGGUCAGGUGGAAGAGCUUGAGAAGAAGGUAAAGAUGCUUUCAGAGGAGGCCUCAAACAGGAAGGCACUGAUUGAGUCCCUGAAGCGGAGGUUAAGCGUCGCUACGACAGAGAAAGGCCAGUACGAGGCAUCCUGUGCCAAACUGAGAGAGGACGUCGAGAAAAAGGAGCAGCGGAUCCAUGCUCUCCAGGCCCGUGUUGGAGCCGGUGAGAAGGCCAUAGCUGCCCUGGAACAGACUGCCACUGAGCAAAUGGAGGGGCUGACCCAGCAGAGCUCCCUGGCCCUGGACAAGCUCCAGAGACAGCUGGGCCAGGCCUGCUACCAGCUGGAGCAGCUUCGCAGUUUCAUCAAGACCCUGGCCAGUGAAAUACUUUUAGACGUUCAAGAGGUCAAACAGCAGUUGAUGAGCAGGAGGAGGCAGAGGCAGGCCGCUUCUGUGGCAGCGAGGAGCGGCCCCUCAGCCAUAUCCAUGAUCAAAGCCAAGUCCAUCGCUGCCUCCAUCCUCAAUAUGUCAGAAAACGAUCUGGCAGAUAUAAUGGAAACGGAUCAGAGGACGGCCACCUGCACAGAGACGGUCAGGGACCAGGAGUGGCUGGAGCAGCUGAACUUCCUCCUCCAGCAGAAGAUCCUCUCUGCCGGCCAGCUAAUGGAGGCUCUGCAUGUGAAGAUGAAGGAGAGGAAAGUGCUGACAGAAGAGCUGGCCGUGCUCGCAGCACCAGUCAGCGAAAAAAGCUGACUCCCCGGGCUGAGGCUGGGAAAACUGUCAUCCUCUUUGCUUCCCCCCUCCCUUCCUUCUUCGUUUACCGCCUGGUUCCUGCUCAGCGGGAGUCGGCCAGAGCCAAACGGAGCCGCGGCGGCAGAACCAAUAUUUGUGAGGAAAAAUGCUGUCGACUAACUUUGGGCCACUGGUUCCAACCAGCACCCGACUUCUGUAAGCGAGCCCUCAACAUCUGUGUUAGCGCUCACUGGGCUUCGGCUGUCGGAUGAAGGCCCCUUGGUGCUAAACUAAUUUAUGGUGCAGUCCUGAAGUCAGGGGAAAACGGAGGGUAAUGCAGCAGACGCUCAGGCUGAUCUUUAAGUUACACCUUUAUAAACCUUCUGUUUCCUUCCUAUUCCUUUAAUUUGACUCCUGAAGGCUUUUUGCCAAAAGGACACAGAGAGAAACACAGAUGGAGAGAAAUGGAAUUGCAUUUUAAACCUGUGAAAAGCUUUAAAGUUGUUUAUUUUAAUGUCAACAUCAUCAUUCUACCCUGAU